GCGCCAUCUCUUAAAGAGUAGUCAAAUCUUUGUCACAUGAGAUUUAAAUGUCACCUGCCCAUCUUUAAGAUCAUAUGAUCAAAAUUUCAAUUAUCCAUAAAAUUUUACUCAAAUUUUCUAGUCUUGAGUUCAGCAAGGCGUAGUCGUUCAACUUCCUUCUAAAAAACUUAAAAUCUUUGAAGUUUUUCUCAACAAAGUAAAGAAAAUCAUCAACCAUGGCCCUCAGCGACGCCGACGUCCAAAAACAGAUCAAGCAUAUGAUGGCUUUCAUCGAACAAGAGGCCAACGAAAAAGCUGAAGAAAUUGAUGCCAAGGCCGAGGAGGAAUUCAACAUCGAAAAGGGGCGCUUGGUACAACAGCAAAGGCUCAAAAUCAUGGAGUAUUACGAGAAGAAAGAGAAACAAGUCGAACUACAAAAGAAGAUUCAAUCUUCAAACAUGUUGAACCAAGCUCGUCUCAAAGUCCUAAAAGUAAGAGAAGACCACGUAAGAGCUGUUCUGGAAGACGCCCGCAAAAGAUUAGGUGAAGUAACUGGUGACCAAGGCCGUUACGCUGUCAUCAGUGAGUCCCUCAUUCUACAAGCAAUGUACCAACUUUUUGAAACCAACGUCUUGGUCAGAGUCAGACCCCAAGAUAGAGACUUGGUCAAAUCUGUGCUGCCUACUGUUGCCACCAAGUACCGUGAUGUGACUGGCAGAGAAGUGAAUUUGCAAAUUGAUGAUCAACUUCAACUGUCCCAAGACACUACUGGAGGCAUUGAGCUGUACACUCGUCAAAACAAAAUUAAAAUUUGCAACACUCUUGAGGCUCGCUUGGAAUUGAUUUCUCAGCAGUUGGUGCCUCAGAUUCGUACUGCCUUGUUUGGACGCAACGUCAACCGCAGAUUUACUGAUUAGGUACAUUGUUUUUGAAGCAAUAAAUGUAUCAUAAAUUUGAAUUCCACUUUAUUUCCAAGUAGAAGUAUUAUUGUAUGUUUAAAAGUUAUUUUUUUUCUUUUUUUUAGAUGUUGGUGUUUUGUGACACAAAAUGUUCAUUAUAAUGUAUGUUACCAAUAAAAACGUAAUAAUAAUUGUAUCCAUAAAGAUGUUUUGAGCUUAUUUAUC